GGCCUUGAAAGAAUGGUAGCUAACUCGGCUUGGUAUAUGAACCCAAAGAAGUUGUCUUUUUAGCUUUUCCGAUCCACUUUUUCGCCUUUUCGUUUCUUCCACUUCCAGAUUCCCGUGCUUUCUCUUGUCAGACCCUUUUUAUUGUUUUCUACCCUUCUUCCUGCAGCCUUUACUUUAGACUCGACAUGAACGCCCCUCGCACGUGUUCGCUUUGUGGCAACAAUGGCCAUAACUCCCGCACGUGUCCGGAGGGAGACGGUGGCGGUGGCGGCGGAUUCAUGUUGUUCGGGGUCAGGCUGACCACGACGGAGGGAAGUAGCUCGUUUAGAAAGAGUGUUAGUAUGAAUAAUCUGUCCCAGUUCGACCAGCCUCUAAGUCAGGACUCCAACAACGCCGAUGCAGGAUAUGCUUCCGACGACGUCGUUCACCCAUCCGACCGUUGCCGCGGCCGAAAAAGAGGGAUUCCGUGGACAGAGGAAGAACAUCGGCUGUUCUUGUUGGGAUUACAGAAGGUUGGGAAAGGAGAUUGGAGAGGGAUUUCGAGGAAUUUUGUGAAGACACGUACGCCGACUCAGGUGGCUAGUCAUGCUCAGAAAUACUUCCUCCGCCGGAAUAAUUUCAAUCGGAGACGCCGUAGAUCCAGCCUUUUCGAUAUCACCACUGACACUUUCACGAGCUCAUCCAUGGAAGACGAUUUGGUAUUUUCCGGCCACGAGGCUCUGCAGCCACCGCUGCCACCAUCGCAGCUGCUAAAAGACAGCAAACCCGGAAAUUUCCUACUUAAAAUUCAUCCAGUGAAACCACCUCCUGCCGCCGGCGAUGACAGCAACGCCGAGAACACAAUCAGUUCCAAAAUCCUUCGUCCAAUACCAAUGCUUCCUCUGUCUCCAUACCCAAAAUUCGCUCAAUUAAACAUUAACGACAGAACGCCGGAAGACCCUUUGCCUCUGACUUUGAAGCUCUCUACUUCACACCCGGAGGCACAGUCUCCGACAGCGGCUUCACAGUCGUCAGGCAAUUUCCAGACAAUGUCCGGCGGCGGAGACAGUAUCGACAUUGUCAGUGUUGCUUGAAGCUGAUCUAGAAUUACUGGUCGGAUUUAAUUGGACAGCGUAACAAAAAGGAUUCCAGCUUCGUUUUGUACAGGUGAAAUUUUAAAUUUAAUUGGUCCAAAAAAAGCGAUAUAAAUUUCAAUAAUGGUUGUAUUUCGAUUUGUUUCUAGAAUCGUUGUGUUAAUGUUCAUAUAAUUUAAGUUUAUUGUAGAAAUGAAUUAAUGCGUUAGUUUUCAGCA